AUGGUAGACAAAGAAUUGCCCAUUGAAAGUGUUCAAGGCAUUUCUGCCAGCUCACCAUCACAAUUUGAUUUUCAGAACGGUUUAUUGGCAUACACAGCCAGCGGAGGGGUGGUUGUGUCUUCUAUCAAAGAAGGCAAGGUAGGUUCACAGCGAUUUUUCGUUGCUAGUACAUCGAAUUCGGGCAUUAAUUCAACUCCCACACGCAAUAACUUCAUCGAAGAGGAAAACAAGAAAGAUGAAUAUGGGUAUUAUCGGAGUUCAAACCCAUUGGUAGUAAAUGGUACCAGCGCAGCCAUGAACAAUAUAGAUGUCGAGUCAAUAUCAACUACUUCACUUUCACCAUCCAAAAUUAAAGAUAAAGUAAGAUCCAUCAGCUGUGUAACUUUAUCUCCCAACAAGAAGUUACUUGCUGUAGGGGAAACAGGGUAUCUGCCUCGAAUACUAAUAUUCUCACUUGCCAAAAACUCCAUUGACUCCCCUGUUGUGAUUAUCAACGAUCAUUCUUUCGGAAUUUCCCACUUAUCAUUUCUGAAAGAUGGGAGGUUCCUUUGCUCAUUAGGAUCAAUAAAUGACGGAGUUAUUAAUAUUUGGCAGACAGGUGACUUUCAGCUAAUUUGUACAAACAGAUGUUCUUCAGUUAUAAAUGAUGUUAUAUGGCAUGAAGGUUAUUUGAUCACCAUAGGAGUCAGGAUAAUCAAGGUUUGGCAAGUGGAAGGUGAAAGAAAGUCUUUUUUGAGAGGGAAAAAUGUAAUUUUAGGCAAGUUUUUGAACUGCAACUUUUUGUCCUGCUCCCCACUCAACCAUCAUGAAUUAUUAAUAGUAGCAAACAAUAACAAACUUCUUAUCUUGAACUUGGAGGAAUCUUUCAACUUACUGCAGUUGAAAACACCCAAAUUUGAGUUCAACUCAGUAGAAGUCUCAGAGAAGGUUUGGUUUUGCUCCAAGAACUCGGUGAUCAGCUGUCUAACAAUGGAGGAAUUGUGCAUCAUAGACAAGGAACAUCCAGAUGAUCUUGAGACUUCGACAAAGCAAUUGACUCAAACUUCCAAUAAACUAUUGAAAUAUCAAGACAACUUGAUUUACUUGCGAGAAAAUGGCACCUUGGAUCUGUAUAAUCUAUCUUCGAAAAAAUCAAGCCCUUUAAUCAAUUGCUUAUCUAAGGGUUUAGUUAGUGUAAAAUCCCAUGAUAAUAAAAUUUAUCUGGUUAACGAAUCAGGAAGAGUGAUGUGUUCAGGAAACAAGGUGCUAGAAUUCACAAUACCAACCCUGGCAACCAUGGAUAAUAUAGUCACGGCGAUGGAUGUAAACGAAGAUCUUAUUUUAGGUGAUAGGUUUGGGUUCCUCUAUUUUUUCGCCAUGGGGAAUGAUUCUAAUUAUGAACUAGCUUCCAAAGUCAAAGCACAUGAGUCUUCUGUCACAGAUAUUGUGUUAUUCGAUAUCGACAAUACUAAGUACUUGACAAGCAUAUCAAGAGAUAGGAUGAUCCAAAUAUUCAUUCAGAAAGAAUCUGCAGGACAGCAAAAGUGGUCGUUACUCCAAACCAUUGCCUUGCAUACGGCCAAUUUACUCAAAGUAGAGUACUGGAAUGAAAGGAUAUACGUUUGUUCGAAUGAUAGGACAAUUAGCAUUCAUCAUAUCACUGAUAAUAUAACAUUGGAGAAGACUUUGUCUCUCAAAGCGUCACCAGUUUUGAUGAAAAUUUUGAAUAACGAGAUGAUCGUUUCAACCGUUGACAGAAAUUUAAUUAUCUACGAUUUGAACAGUCUAGAUAGUAGGAAUUUGAGACUUUCUGACGGGCGAAACAAUUCUCUUCUUAUAGAGAAUUUGACCGUAUACGAUUCAACCAUCUUUGUCUCCAGUUCCGAUAAAUCACUAAGAACGUUCAAUUACAAUAACGGGAAGUUGUUGACCACCAACUUUGGACACCUGGACUCUGUUUUGUAUUUGGCAGUUGAGAAAGAACAUCUUGUUAGUAUCAGUUCUGAUGGCUGUAUAUUUCAAUGGGGUUUGAUGUUUGCGACUAAAUUGAAUGAAUCAAAGUCUCCCACAUUGGCAGAUGACGACUCGAAUCUUAGUCCCCUUUAUGCUAAAGUACAAAGGAAGAUACUUCCUACAACGCCCUCAAGGGAUAGGAACCUCCCCAACAGAGAACUUUACGAACGAAGCAACCCUUCGUCUCCUAAGAAAAACAUCACACCAUCCCCCAGCCCUAGACUUACAGCUGCAACAUUAAAAAGGAUUGAAAGGUCAAGAUCUUCAUCACCAACCAGAUGCCCUCCAUCAGGGACUUCUCCAAUGAGGAACCCUUCCCCAACAUCGAAGAAGACUCUCUUACCACCUUUAUCUGCCAACUUGAACGGAGGCAAUAUGUUUGCAUCGGGUCCAUCUUCCAUGCAUUCACGGGAAUUCGUUUCAAUCAGGGAACAAGUUGAUUCACUAAAAAGUGCCAUCAAAAGGGCCAAUUUAAGAGAAGAGGAAAAGCAAAUACUCAUUGAAGACUUUCUUUCACUAUCUAAAGACUUGGGCUACGAUGACAACGGUGAUGUUUUGAGAGAAUACAGCGAAAAAUUAGUUGAUAUAUUCAGAUCGAGAGUUAAAUUAGAAAAUAAUUAA